AUGCGCUGCCCCUCGCACGCCCUCCUCGUCGCGCCUCGCCCGCUCCGGCCCGUCACGGCGUUCGACAGCUCGACCUGGGCCCCCAACGGCGGCGACUGGCCCAUGCACACGGCCUUCGACUGUUUCCCCGACAUCCUGACCCGCCGCCACGUAAUCGCGCGACCGUCCCGCUCCACCCGCCGAGGACACGUCGACGACGAGCGCGUCUCGACCGCGCCCGCGCUCGACCGACACGAGCGCAUGGCUGCGUCUCGCGCCACGGCGCGCACCGUGGUCGUCGAGGUGGACGAGGAGGACGACGGCGUCAAGGUCAAGGCGGGCGACGGGGCGCUGCUGGCCGUCCUGGCGCGCUCGAGCCGCAGCGCGUCGGCGGCGGUGGUGGGGUCGGGCGAGGGCUCGAUGCGCUCGGGGCGCAGGAGCUUCAGGCCGUCGCUCGGGUCGAUUCACGAGCGGAGCGCGGCCGAGCACGAGCUUGGAGAGGAGGAGCACGAGGCGGUCGAGGGAACGGGCUCGAGCGAGGGGAGCGAGUCGCAGACGGCGUCGGUGUCGUCAAGGGAUGAGCAGGCGCGCUCGGAUGCCGAGGAGGUCGACGUGACGCCGGCGACGUCGCUCGCGCUCGACUCGCCGCCGUUCUGGACCGACUCGCCCUCGUUCCCUGCUCCCUCUCCGCCGCCGGCCCCGGUCGUCUCAUGCCCGCACUUUCCUGUCCCCCUCCUCGCCCUCCACCCGACGCCCUCUCCCAACGCUACUCGACCGCCUCGCGGGCCACUGCGCACACUCGUCAACCGCCUGAGCGGCCUGAGCGCACAGGUCCGGCGACGAGCGGCGUCGGCGGGACCGAGCGGCGAGGCUGCACGGCCUGCAAAGGCGUCUCGGGGCGUCUGGUUCGUCGUCGAGGUGGAGCAGGUCGCGACGAGCGAGCCAUGCCGGACCGAGGAGCGCAGAUGA